AUGGAGAGGCAGGGGGGGAACGGGAGCUGCCGGCCGGGGCUUGGGGGGGGACAGGCGGUGGCCAGGGCUAACAGCGGGCUGGCGGCCGUGCUGAUCGUCACCAUCGUGGUGGACGUGCUGGGCAAUGCCCUGGUCAUCCUCUCGGUGCUGAGGAACAAGAAGCUCCGCAACGCCGGCAACAUCUUUGUGGUCAGCCUGUCUGUUGCAGACCUUGUAGUGGCAGUGUAUCCAUACCCUCUGAUCCUGAGCGCCAUUUUCCACAAUGGAUGGACCAUGGGAAACAUCCACUGCCAGAUAAGUGGGUUCCUGAUGGGCCUAAGUGUCAUCGGGUCCAUUUUCAACAUCACUGCCAUCGCAAUCAACCGCUACUGCUACAUCUGCCACAGCCUUCGGUACGAUAAGCUCUUCAACCUGAAGAAUACCUGCUGCUACAUCUGCCUGACCUGGCUGCUCACGGUGGUGGCCAUUGUGCCAAACUUCUUUGUUGGGUCCUUGCAAUAUGACCCCCGGAUUUACUCCUGCACCUUUGCCCAGACGGUGAGCACGUCGUACACCAUCGCAGUGGUGGUGGUCCACUUCAUUGUCCCGCUGUCCAUCGUGACGUUUUGCUACCUACGGAUCUGGAUUUUGGUGAUUCAAGUCAAACACCGGGUGAGACAAGACUGCAAGCAGAAGCUCCGAGCAGCUGACAUCCGGAAUUUCUUGACUAUGUUUGUGGUUUUUGUCCUUUUUGCUGUGUGCUGGGGACCAUUAAACUUUAUUGGCCUUGCUGUUUCAAUUAACCCUUCCAAAGUGCAGCCACACAUUCCAGAGUGGCUUUUCGUCCUGAGCUAUUUUAUGGCCUAUUUUAACAGCUGCCUCAAUGCCGUGAUCUAUGGGCUGCUUAACCAGAAUUUCCGAAAGGAGUACAAAAGGAUACUGCUGACACUCCGGACUCCCAGGCUGCUCUUCAUCGAUGUGUCCAAGGGUGGGACGGAAGGGCUGAAAAGCAAGCCGUCUCCAGCAGUAACGAACAACAACAACCAAGCUGAAAUACACUUAUGA